AUGGCAAAACCUCCACAUGCAGGUCUUUCUUCAACUGAGAGGGGUAUUCCAAAAAGAUUCAUCAGAAGCUAUGAGAAUGGUCUAUCAAAUCCGGUUAUCCUGAAAGUUCCUAGUAGUGCAAAAUGGCAAGUAGAGCUUGUCGAACAUGAUGGUAUAGUUUGGUUGCAAAAUGGCUGGCAAGAAUUUCAGAAGUAUUACUCCCUAGCCUUUGAAUCUUUCCUAGUUUUUGAAUAUAAUGAAGGAGAUUCUGAUUUCAAUGUAACCAUAUUUAACAAAAGUACUACAGAAAUAGACUAUCCAGUCAAUAUUAUCAAUGGAGAUACUGAUGUAGAUCUUGAACAAACUGAAAGUGAUGCUUCUGUUGAAAUCUUGAGUCACUUCUCACCAUAUCGGGAAACAAGAAAUAAAUCACCAUUGCUAUUCUCUCCACCUACUAAGAAGAUGAAGCUAGAGAAUUCUACAGGACAAGAAGGUAUUAAAUUUCUUCCUGAAAGAAAUUUACAAACAGCUUUUUCUCGUAUUACUUACUAG